AUGGUACCAGGAAACAAAACACAUAUUUCAGACUUCAUACUUUUGGGGCUCUCAGAAGAGGCAGGGAUGCAGCCCCUCCUCUUUGUAUUGUUCCUGUCCAUGUACCUGGUCACCUUCACUGGGAACCUGCUCAUCAUCCUGACCAUCAUCACGGACUCCCACCUCCACACACCCAUGUACUUCUUCCUCUCUAACCUCUCGUUUGCAGACAUUUGUUUCACCUCCACCACUGUCCCAAAGAUGCUGCUGAACAUUCAGAUGCAGAACAAACUUAUUACCUAUGAAGAGUGCAUCACUCAGAUGUAUUUUUUCAUGGUUUUUGGAGGAUUAGACAAUUUCCUCUUGACAGUAAUGGCCUAUGACCGCUUUGUGGCCAUCUGUCACCCGCUGCACUAUAGGAUCAUCAUGAAUCCCAGGUUCUGUGGCCUCAUGCUUCUGACAUCCUGGUUAUUGAGUGUUCUAGACUCUCUAAUACAUGGCUUAAUGAUUUUACAACUGUCUUUUUGCACAAAAUUGGAAAUCACCCACUUUUUCUGUGAACUUAAUCAGGUAGUAAAACUUGCUUGUUCUGAUACCUUCCUCAAUGACUUAGUGAUGUAUUUUGCAACUGGACUUCUGGGUAUUAUCCCACUCACUGGGAUAUUUUUGUCUUACACUAAAAUUGUGUCUUCUAUUUUGAGAAUUUCAUCAGCUGGGGGCAAGUAUAAAGUUUUUUCCACUUGUGGGUCUCACCUCUCAGUCAUUUGCUUAUUCUAUGGUACAGGUCUUGGAGUUUAUCUUAGUUCUGCUGCUACCCCAAACUCCAGGGCCACUGCAAUAGCCUCAGUGAUGUAUACUGUGGUCACUCCCAUGCUGAACCCCUUUAUCUACAGUCUUAGAAAUAAGGACAUAAAGCAGGGCCUACGAAAACUGUUCAGUUUAGGAAUAAUCUUUAUAUAA